UAUUCAUUACCUCAUGUACCUUUAAAAUAUCACAUUUUCGACGACCGAUGGACUCCCCGUCCGUUGGGCCGGCUGAAGUGUCUGUCAUUGGCCGCAGAAGAACAUCUUCUGCACAGAGUACUAGUUUUGAGUACCCUACUAAUUGUCGUGUUGAGGAAGAUAUCCUCUCUCGCAUUCGUGCACUCGUUUUAUCUCGUAACACAAGUCGUCCCCCUCGAACCCCCCAUCCAUCUGAUGAGCGCAACCCCCCGCGCCACGAAAACAGAGCUUUCGGAAGCCUCGACGACUAUAUCAGUCCCCAAAAGCCUACAAGAGGUGCACACUCUGAUUCUGGAUACUUGGGCGUAGAGCCACAUGCCUGUAACUUUCGGGGCUCAGACGGUAGCAUGGAUAUCGACGUCCCACCUCUUCAAAGAUCUCGACAAAAUUCCAACCCUAGUGUGUCUCCGAAACGCACAGCUAGAUUAAGAGGCUCGAGCUCUGCAAACGAUCUUCGAAUCGACGGUGGUGUUACUGAUAUUGAUCCUUCCACUGACUCAAAGCUGCUCAAGUCAACAUCUACGCCCAAGAAGAAAUAUUUCACGCUUCCUAGAUUGGUAGUACGAGAUAUCAAAGAGCCUGAUUACCCCAGCGGUACCAAAAUCGCAGUUGGAUCCUGCAUGCCACCGUUAAAGAAUAUAUACCAAAAGGUUCCUUCCGAGGAUACAUCUGAUCAGGAUGCCAAUUCGACUUGUCCUCAUUGUGAGCAGCCAACCGACGCGGAUUGUCCGGAACUUGCAGUAGUCGAUGCAAAGUUAUCGAGAUUCUCCACGCUUCCCCAGUCUCCUCCAGAAGAAGUGAAGGGUCAACCAGAAAUCGUCUGUUCCCCAACAUGUCCUCCAAAUUGCCAAGAACACUACAUCUAUCACCCGCUACCCAAUAUUAUGCCCCCGGCAGAUCAGCUCAAGAUUGACAUAAGGUUGGCUGGAGAUGAAACAACUAACCUUGACUUUGCACUCAAUGAUAUCAAAGCUCAUGAGGCUUUAGGAGAAUCCUUGGGCUACAAACCCAAAUCACGCGAAUCUCGUGUCCAGGAUAAUAUGAAAUCAGAGUCAUCCUUCAGAACAGCAACCAUAACGAAUCCAAGAGAUACUGAAGGAUCUCCACCUCCAACCCGAGGGAGCAGUGUUAGCUCGGUUGAUACAUUUCCCCAUGUUUUGACCAGUGAGAUGGCUGUUGAUGAACUAGUUUCCCGACCACUUUCUUCAGCGGUCGUCACCAAUUUCAGCUUACCAGGGCCUAAAGCCAAAGCUACUAUUUCUGUAUCUAAGGAUGAGACGCGACAAGCUGUGCCUCCCAAACUAGGUCGAUCUCCCUCUGUUGGAUCUAUUCGUGCUAUACCAAAAACACCUUCAUUACUUUCUGGAGCAUCCAGAACCUCUGUCCGCCACUCCUUGCUCAAAACAUCUCUAGCCACAGGCACGCCAGUAGAUACUGGGCUACCAGUCUCACCAGUCUUAACGCCUGUGACAUUAGCAUCCAAUAGCGCAACAGAAAAGGUUACUUCGCCACAGCAGAUCGCCACGCCGAGCUUGGGCACAAAAAUACCGCUAGAGCCUAUACUGGCAGAUCUUGCUGCGGCAGCUAGUCUCUCUUCAAUAAACCGGACAAAUGAGAAAGACGGCUUGGAAAACCCCUCUGAGAUGUCAUCACAUGACAAAUUUGUUAUAGAAGAGAUGUCGCCUUCAUGUAUCAAGCUAGGCUAUAUUGACAAGUCAAGCCCAUCAGUCCCUUUAUUGACUGCUGUUGUAACCGUUCCCAAGAAACCAGAGUCAACGGAGAUCCUCAGAGAUACUUCUAGUAACAAACCCAGUAUUCCUGAACGCAAUGAAGCUCGUAAGAAGGUCCUUACAGAUCAGAAGUCCGUCGAAGAAAUACAACGAAGAGAUGCCUCUGAAGCCUUUCCAUCUAUCGAUCCUCUAAAUGCAUCCUACUGGGGCUUUGUCCCUGCAGUCAGAGACGCUGUUCAAAAUGCAGUCAAGGUAGCUGUUCGUAAUGCUAUACAAGACAUUGUCGUACCACCUGGGAUUGAAAAGGCCGAGGCAUCUGAUGCCUACAGAAUGCUUGUUGCUGAUUCCCUAGCUGCAGCAGCUAAAACUGCCGAUGAAUAUCUUCGACGGGAUUCUUUAUGGACCCAGGCACCGGAAUCGGCUCUUGAUUCAGCCCCCGAAUCCUACUUUGAUGACAAGUCGGCUCAGAUAUCAAGAAUCGAUUUCUCUCCAACCAAGGAAGACGUGCCUAAAUCUCAAGGCCUGACAGCAAAUGCGGGCGAAAUGGAAGAAAUACCUCUUGGCUCGACUAGUGGAAACAGGAGGCAUGAAUCUUCAAAAGCCACCACCACUAUCUAUAAUGCUAUCCCUCCACGGGACUCUUCAAAAAAUCGUGCUCAGGCAUCCAAGAAUGGGACCGCAAAUGUAUCCCCCACAUCUUCGCAAAAGGAUGCUUCAAGGCGACGUGAGUCAAAGGGAGCCUUGAUGUCAGUUGCAGAUUCUACCAACACUACUUCGGAUGACAGGACAAUGAAUAGCAAAAAUACCGUUCAUUGGCUCAAAGAGCUACUGAGCAGUAAUGAUGCAUAUGCACCUAGACUGACCGCCUUACCACCCCGGUCUCGACGAGCCGAAGCUCUAAGCGGGUCUAGUGGUCGCCAAAGGUCAUUCACAGCACCAACAGAGCCUGUAGAGGAACUAUUUCUUGGCGCUACAGCAAGCCCCCUUGAGACGAAGCCGAAAAUUACUUUUGCCGAUCCGAAAGACAAGGGGGCAGCUGUUGCAGCGACUUUUACAAGGACUAUCAACGAUCUUGAAAAACUUCUCAACGAAGCACUAUCGAUUGCGAAACAAGCUGCAGAGAGGAAUGACGACAACAGUGUCCCAAAUAUUCUCAAUAAUGCAGCGGCGAUCUUGAAAGGUGGUCGCCAAUUCAUGGAUAGUGGAAAAACUUCUGUCCCCCAGAAAGUUCGUAGAAAACCUAGAGCAGAAGUAAUGUCAAGCGUUGAAAGUUUGCCAAGUGCUCACGAAAGUGCUCGCAGUUAUUCUGGAACAAGCACCGAAGGCAAUACCGACGAUGAUGAGUUUACCGAUGAUGAAAUCAUAGAUCAGGCACCUACCACGGAUACUAUUAUCGAGGCGCCUGCGGAAAGGCAAGAAUACCUGAAGAUAAUCGAUCCUAGCCUUGAUACACCAGAACAAGAUUUUAGAAGACGCGAGCGAAGUGCAACUUGGGAUAGUUCUAGAGCUUUACAGGCUUUAGAUAUCCCGGUGGAUGCAAAGAAACAGAGAAUACUGACACAGCGCCACAGUAUACCAAGACAAAGCACUGCGGGAGUUUCGCCAUCAUCUGAGUCCAAUAGGGUCAAUUCCAAUCCAGUUAAUGGCAAUCUUGAGAAACCAUCAAGAACAACCACAUCGGGCGGCUUUGGCUGGCAAGACAUAUCUGAGCGUCCUACAAUCUACCAAUCUCCUAGUAUUUUGCGUUCCCAGAGUGGCGAAGAGGUGCGUCCUGGAAAGCAGCUCUAUGAAGAGGACACAACGACACUCGCAAAACUGCCAGUCACUACACUGCGUGGUAAAUCUUCGGUCUCGAAUAGUCUUGAUGGCUCACACCCCUCUGAGACGGUUGAUUUUCAGACCGGAUUCCAUCAUGAAUACAUUAUGCAGCAUGUCGAAGGACGAGGUGGGUUAGCUCGAAGUCAACCACGGAGUCGACUGAGAAGUCGAGCUCAGACACAAUACCGGCAGGUUGCACAAGGUGGCGAGGGUGGAGACGCGGGAGCAGGUGCUGGUGGUGAAGAAGAUAGAGAUAAAGUAGUGGAACUACGAGACCAGCGCCCGGCCAUGAACCGAGAUGGCUCAAACCGGUCAGCAAACAUAAACAUGAAUAUGAGCCAUCAUUUUUUUAAUCUCCAAGGUAAAAGGCAUGUCAGUCUAAAAGAGCAUAAAGGAUUCAGUCUAGCAAGAACCCAUAAGCGCAGACCUAUUGCCAGAGAUUGGUCUCCUUCUCGCAAGAGAUUCACGGCUGUUAUAACGUGUCUCAGUACGUUCCUCAUCGGUCUUGUAAUCGGGAUUUAUGCUGGUGAGGUCCCUUCGAUUCAAUAUUCGAUUGUGGACCUGCACCAUUUCACGGUUCUUGGAAACGUUUUCUUUUUCAUAGGUCUUGCUAUUCCGACAACUUUCUUUUGGCCGCUUCCACUCUUGCACGGUCGAAAGCCAUAUAUUCUUGGUUCAAUGUCACUUGCUAUGCCGUUGCUUUUCCCUCAAGCUCUGGCUGUUGGUGCAACUCGAAAUCCAAAACUGGCCGGUUGGAGAAUUGGCUUGCUUCUGUCUCGAUCAUUUAUGGGAUUUGCACUUGGGUUUGCUAACAUGAACUUUCUGUCCACUUUGAUGGAUCUCUUUGGCGCGUCACUUCAAAGUGCUAAUCCUCAUCAAGAAUACGUUGAUGAAGGUGAUGUCAGACGUCAUGGCGGAGGCAUGGGUCUGUGGUUGGGAAUAUGGACCUGGUGUUAUGUUGGGUCUAUUGGAGUUGGAUUCUUGCUCGGUGCAGUCAUUAUCAACUUCCUGACGCCUGCUUGGGGCUUUUACAUCAGUAUUGCCAUUCUUGCUCUAGUCUUGGUCUUGAAUGUUGUUGCUCCUGAAGUUCGACGUUCUGCUUUUAGACGAUCUGUUGCCGAAGUAAGGAAAGACGAUCAGGUUUCUAGAAGACUAGCAAAGGGCGAGGUCAAAAUGCAUAGAGUUCAUACUGGACCCAAGUGGUGGGGCGAGGAAUUUCAUCAUGGUGUGUUGUUGACGAAGAGUAUGAUGCGUCAGCCGGGAUUUCUGGUCCUAGCAUUCUAUCAAGCGUGGAUUUAUGGUCAGAUUAUUUUGAUCAUGAUUCUUCUCGGUUCACUGACUUCGAAAUACUACAAAUUCAAAUCUCCAUAUGUUGGGGCAAGCGUGGCAUCAAUUCCGCUCGGUGCACUCCUCUCUGUUCCAUUCCAAAAAGCGGGAGUCUUCAGUCGAGAACGUAAAGAGGGGAUGGAAAGUGACGAUGAUACCUUGAAGAAAAAGAAAAUCUCACUAUCAUCUCAUUUCGUUCGACCUUACACACUUUCAUCCACUGGACCACCUGUUCCAUUUAUUUUGCCUAUAAUAUGGGCUGCUGCAAUUGGUUUCCUCUCGAACCUCGCAGUCGCUGAAUGCAAUGGUAUCAUUAUGGAAACUUUCGAUACUUCUGAUCUUCAGCCUGGUAUGACGGGACGCCCAAGAAGCGGGAGUAAAUCCGGAAAAGUGACCAAUUACUCUUGUUUCCCACGCGUGUGUGCUGCCUUUGGAAUUACGCAAGGAAUGGGGUUUUGCAUCGCAGCGAUGGCAAGUGGUAUUGGAGGAGUAGCACAAAGACAUCUGGGCCAACAGGCCGCUACGGGCGUUAUGUGUGGUGUAUUACUGAUUCUUUCCAUCCUUCUCAUUUGCGUUCUCGCACGGUUUCAAGAUGUACAAAUUAUCCCAGAAUCGAAGACUGGCGAGAUGGAACGCUAUCAGGCAAUGAAGAGGGAACAAUAUAUUCAAGGGAACACAGGAAAUGGUGCGGAUGAAGAAUGGAGACCCAUUAUUAUUGGGAACCCAACACAUAUCAUGCGCAGAAUGAGCGUGUUGGAAAUGGGGAGUAUGACGAGGUGGACCGAGAUUCGAAAUAAAAAUCGAUUGGUGGAUGAAAAGAGUUUGGAGGCCAGACAUGCAAAUUUGAAUACGUUAGUUCAGGUAGAGAAGAAGUUGAAGGAGAAGAGAAAACAUGUCGUUGAGACAGUGAGGAGGAGCCUGAGUGGGAGCAGAGAUGGUGGGGAUGAUGUUAGAGAGUAUAGUUAUGAGGAGAAGGUUACGACUCGUAAUUUGGUGCCCGUUGGUGGGGCUGGGGGGUAUGGUGAUGAGAGGAUGGAUUUUAGAGAUGAUAGAAUGGGAAAGGUUAUGGGGAAUAGUGGGAGAGAGAGUCGAGGUGGGGAUGUGAGAGAGAGGGUGGUGCAGGAGAAGGAGGUUACGACAAAGCAGAGGAGUAAACUGAUCCCACAGGGUGAAUUGAGCGGGUUGACAGAAAUUGAUUUGGGGGUACCGGAAGCAGGAAAUGCUGAAGUGGAGGAACAAGGUGAGAGAAAUGGGGGUGCUAGGAGUAGAGGGCGGAGAAGUAGAGGAGAGACAAGAGAUAGUGCGAGGGAUGGAGAUAUAGAUAGGGACAGAGAGGGUUACGAUCCAAGAUUGAGGAGAGGUACGGUGGUCGGUAGUAGGGGGAUAUCAUUGGGGAGUUGA